GAACUUCAUCUUAAAAGGACAGUACCACAUUACAAAGCAUAUGUGUCAUCCAGGGGCAUGAGGAGCAGCAUUUGCUUAUGACCUAUCCUUUCUUUUUUUCUUUCUUUUUUUUUUUUUGAAUGGAAAAGUGUAUGAGUCAAGAUGUGUCACCGUUUGAAAAAAAAAAUAAAAAACACUCGCCUAGACAAGACCUGUGUAUAUAUAAAGACCAAUUUGUAAGUGAUGUAAAACACACACUUGCACAUAUACAAAUCUGAACAGUUCAAGACUGCUCUGAAGUUAAUUCUUUUUUUUAAAAAAAAUUAAUUUUGGGUUCUUCCAUUACUUUUUUUUUAAAGAGAGGGAGAAAAAGAAAAUUUUGAACUGAGCAAAAGCAAAGCUGAGAGAUUGCAGAUUUUUUUUUAAAAAGCAACAAACAACAAGAACAAAAGAAAAUUGGCUGCGCCUGGUGCUUUUUAAAAAUUAUUUAUUUAUUUAUUUGGCUAUUUAUUUAUUUAUCAAUUGGAGAAUAUUGUCACUUUCUUGGGGUGGGGUGGCUGUCUGAGGAAUUUUUUUUUCCUGAGAGUGUGUAUGUACAAGUUCAUCUACCUCAAAUACCAAGCCUCCUAAGAAACCAAGGACAGGUGUGGUUUGGAAGAAGUUUACAACCCAAAGAAAACUUUUUAAGGAAAAAAAAUCAACCCCCUUCCCCAACCAAACCAAUUUUAUACUAAGUUCCCAUACCCCUCACCCCCCCUCCGAAAAAAAAUACUCCACAAACAAUAUAAGCAAAGAAGACAUUUUUGUUUGCUUGCUUUUUGUUUUCAAGAAGAGGGAAUUUUAACUCAGGGAAAAGUAACCCUCAAAUCUUCUGCAAAACAUGAAAAACGGUGUGUGUCAGAUUGUAGUGAUGCUACUGAGUCUGUAUGAAGGACUCUGGGCUGCACCUAACCCCAGACUAAAGCCCACAGACCCCCGGAUGGAGUUUGAUUCCAUCAUUGCCUUGACCAGAAACCUGCUAACUGAUACCAAGACCCUCUCCAACCACUUUAAGAAACACUUCCCAGCAGAUGGUGAACACAAGCUUGAAACGCUGCCAGUUUUAUCCAUGAAUGCUGUAGAACUUGCCAACAUUCAGGUUUCUGCAGGUCUAGUCCGGUUUGCCUCCGAUUUUCAAAGCUACCAGCGGCAUUUUGAGUGGCUGAAGAAGGCAGCGACAUGGCUGCGGCCCAUGGAACACGAUAUUGGCACAGUGCACACUCGGCUUGAACGCCUCCUUAGAAGACUGGAACAUCUGAUGACGAAGCUCAAUAUCACACGACCCAAUGACGCUUUUCCAACCCUCCCGACCCAUGGGACCCACUGGUCUGUUGUCCAGGCUGGACAUGCCAUUGUCCACUCAUUUCAUCUUUAUUUAGACUGGGCAGCUCGAGUGCUGGUCUUGAUCCGAAACAAGUUGUGAAAAACCAAGAAACAAAACUGUCCAGGAUGUUUUGGAGAUGUUCUUCAUAGACCAGGAACUCUUAGCUGCAUAUCCCCUAUGGAGGACGGCUCAAAGAAGGAAGGAAAAGCGAUGAGACUACAUUCCUCUUUUAACAGGUGCAGUAGAGUAGGAAGAGAGAAGAUUUGCCUACCCACUCAUAACUUUUCCACAUUUGUGGGGAUGUUGUGGAAGAAGAGACAGCUUUUUUGAUUCCCUCAGAAUGAUCAUCUUAUCUUCCCCCUGCAGGCUUGGAAAAAUAAUUGGGGAAAGCAUGCUACCCCUCCUUUCAAGGAAAUUUUUAACCUUCCUGCUCUCCAUUGAUAGAAUAUAACUCAUUCGGACAUGUGCAUUGAACUGCGUCAACUAGAGGGGAACCCAUCUUGGAGGAUAUUUACGAAUCCUUUCAGCGUUAUCCAUAAUAGCGAUGGAAUCCCUGUUUCAGAUACAACUUUGGGGCCAUUAUUAAUCUUGCCUGCAGGAAACAAUCUAUGUUGCCCUCCCAGUUUAUGCUGGGGAGAGUGGUGUGAGGAGGAGCCGUAUGUCUAGGCUGAUAUGUACUCUAGUGCCCUUCUGAUGUGCAGAUACAUGUUGGCUGGGAUUUGUGGAAGUUCUAAUCUUAACAUAAGCAGAGGGCAUGAGGUUAGGGGUAGUUUUUCCAUGGAAAGUCACUGCUAUUCUGCUAAUUGAGAACAGCAAUAGAAAUAGCACUUAGAUUUAUAUACCGCUUCAUAGUGCUUUACAGAGUUCUCCAACCUUUCCGGCGGGCUGAGUGGUGGCAGAGGGGAUGGUUCCAAGUGAACUAUCAGCAAGCGCAUGCAUGCAGCUGCAUUUGGGCACGCCCCCUCACCGCUUGUGCAAAUGAAGCAUGCACGCACACGUUUACCUGCUGCUUGCUCAAGUGGGGACGUGUUUGUCCGCCGCUUCCACGGCCCAGUUCCAUACAGCUCACAGCCCAGUAAUACGUGAUGGCCAGGGGAUUGGGGACCUCUGCUCUAAGCGGUUCACAGAGUCAGCGUAUUGCCCCCAACAGGCUCCUCAUUUUACCAACCUUGGAAGGGUGGAAGUCUUUGAGCCAGUCAGGAUCGAACUUCUGACAGUGGGUAGAAUCAGCCUGCAAUAUUGCAUUCUAACCCCUGCACCAUCAGGGCUCCUCCAUAAGAACCUGCAAAAAAGGCAUACUGGAUACCUCAAAAGAGAUUCUGGAGCAUAAAGGGAGGAAAGGCAUAUACUGCAGUGGGGAAGAACACCCUUUUUGGAGAGGCUGGACCUUCUCAACCUGUCAUCCUCAUUUCAGUAAUAGAUCCCCUACUGAUUUCUCUGUAUCCAUUACAGAAUAUCCAAUGCAGGUCAAAACCUGUAGCCAUAAUCAACAGAGAAUUAAUAUCUUCACCCUGUUGUUAGUUAGCAUUUUGAUCCUAUUAACCUUAAAAGAAUACUCCUCACACAAAAUUAAUAGAGCAGCUGCAAGGUUGUUGGCAAGAUAUUUUUUUGAGAGGGGAGGACUAAUUUACAAAUAUAAAUCUAUUAAGGAAAAGCACAAGAUGGAGAGGCAUUACUCUGUUUCUCUCAAACAUGCAUUUACCAAAAGAAAAAAAAAAUCCUUUAGAAAAGCAACUAUACCGUUACUCAUAUGCACAUUUAUGGAGAUUCAAUUAACUGGUCAAGCAAUUAAAGUUGAAAGAGUUCAACACAUCAGGAAAAAAAAAACUUUUUUUAGGCAUUUGGGUCACUUUUCUCCUAAUGAGAUAUUUGCUUAGAAGUAUAUAAAAUUCAGUCUCAGAGUUUUCUCUUUUCGUUCUAAAAAUACUCUCUACACAUAAAUAUGCAGUUCUUCUUUUGUUACUUCAAAGGAAUUUACCUGAGAAUGAGGAAAGUGAAGUUGAGGUUAUAGGAAAUUAUGUUCCAGUUUCCAAAUAAAAACCUUGAUAAAUAAGAGAAUUCCUGCUUUCCUUUAGCAGCAGCACACCCUGCUGGUGAAUUGUGUUUCUGUUAGGCUAGUCAUCAUCGGAAAGUUAACUGGGCAGUCAGUGUAAGAAAGACCAAAUAAGAUUGCUUCAAAUUUAGAAGAAUUUUAAAAAUUGCAAUAACAUCCCACACUACACAGUUGAAUUAAAACAGGAUCAUGCAACACAGAAAUAAGAAAAGAAGUCUAAUCCUUCCUUUCAGAAUAAUAAUAUUUUUUUAAAUAGGGUUUUCUUGUUUAAUAUUCUUUAAUGCAAGAAUAGGCACCUAUGGCCUCCAAAUAUUGCUGGAUUCCAACUCCCAUCAUUCCCCUGGGCAGUAUGGCCACUGAUCGGGGAUAGUAGUAGUUGUUCUCCAUCAACAUUUGGCUCCCUAUUACUGUAUGAAAUUGAUAUUAACCCUUCUCUUUUUCCAAUAACCCUAUACUUCAUAAUCCCUAAUAUUUAUAAAGCCGUUAGAAUUCAUUCUUGUAAGUUAUUAUUUUUAUUUAUCUGUUCCCAGUCUGGGUCAUUUUAUUAAUUAUUGUUUUUGUCAUUGUGGUUAUUAUUGUAUUAAUAUUAUUAAUAAUGUUAUUUUAUUUUGAGUAUUUUCCAAGUAUUUAUUGACCUGCCUCUCUCU